AUGAGGAGUUACACGUUUCGAUGGCCUCACGAUGCGAACGAGGUGUUCGUCACGGGGACCUUCGACGAUUGGGGUAAGACGAUUAAGCUAGAUAAAAAAGGAGAGUUUUUCGAGAAAGAGGUUCAAUUGUCCGCCACGGACGAGAAACUGCACUACAAGUUUGUCGUUGACGGCAUCUGGACUACCGAUAGUAGCGCCCCAGAGGAAGACGACGGUAGCUACAAUAUUAACAACGUCCUUUACCCUGAUCAGAUCCCAGACAAAACGAAGAGAGUCUUACAAAACGGUGCACCAGUCAUGGCCGGUGUGACGCCAGACUCUACCACCGCUGCGCUGGCAGGAGGAGUUCCCAAAGACUCGAACAAACAUAUCGUCGGAGAUGCCACUUUUCGGUCCACUGCUCCGGGAUCGACUACUGCCGAGCUUGCUCAAAAUGUCCCCUUCGAGCAGAGAGCAAAUGUGCCUGGAACAUUCCCCCAAACUCCCGGGGAUGAUCAAUAUUCUGUGAACCCGAUACCCGCUUCUAGCGGCGCAGGCAACCCGAUCUCGCUGAAGCCGGGCGAGAAAGUACCAGACCCCAGCACUUUCAAUCCCAAUACGAUCCAAUCAACUGUCCGAACAGAUGAGGCUGGCUACAACCAGGAUGCUAGCUAUCCAUUGACCGGUGGGCAGACGAAGGAAACCAGUAGUUCAGCCGCUUCUUCGGCGCCUAAAAACUUGAUCCCAGAGUCCAGCCUCCCAAUGGGUGAAGCUUGUCAGGGGCUUUCGGAUCCUGCCACGAUUCAGUCGGUGGCACCAACGUCCACCACCGCCGGUCUUGCUGCAGCGGUUCCACUCGAGUCCCAGAAGAAACAGGCGAACGUUGGAGUGGACUUCCCUGUGAGCGAGGUACCCGACGUGGUGAAGAACUCGAUAUCUGAGGCGCACAAGUCUCCCGAGGCAGCUGCAAACAAAGAGGCUGUGGAUGAGAAGAAGGAGGUGGAGAAGGAACUUCGAAGCAAGAUCCCUGAGGACACAUCGAGCGGUACACCCGCGCCCACUGCAGAAGCAGUGGGCGCGGAAACGGCUCCCCACGCCACAGAGCCGCAGCCCAAAUCGGAGCAGCUGUCCCCUAGGGCCACAACUCCCACCAAUCAAGAGCCUACGGUGACUACGGGUGUUGAGGAGACGAAGGUUCCUAAGGAAUCAGGACCAGGGGCCGUUCCUCCCGCGUCGACCGCCGAUAAGGCCACCGGAAGUACGACUGAAAAUGUAUCUGCGGGAGCCACAACAAAUACUACCAAGGACACUACCCCCAAGAGUCCUUCCGGUACAAAUGGGACCAAGGAGAAGCGGAGAAGCCGCGCCAGUGAAUUUUUCCACAAGCUUAAGGAGAAAUUCAAAUAG